GUGUUUAUCUGUUGUGAGAAAUAAAUAGAAAUAGAAAGAAAGAGAGAAAGAAAGAAAGAAAGAAAGAUUUAUAGUUUGACAAGGGUACAUUUUUGGUAGUGUAUGGGGUGCACGUUAGCAUCGAAAUGAAUCAAUGGGAUAGAACAAUGUGUAUAAUACAUUCGAUACGUUUCGUCAGCUGAUCAGAGUGUUUUUAACGAGAUGUGAACAACUAGGAAAUAUUAGAUUCAAUUUUGCUCUGCAUUCUGUUAUAAAUCAUCACACGUAUUCGCCUGAACAUUUUUUCUAAGUCUAAAGAAUAGAAAGAGGACAACACUAAACUGUAGAGGAUCUUUUGUAGAAAAUAAAGAAAGAAACAAAAAAAAAAUAAUAAGGAAGGAAGAAAAGAAGGAAGGAAGGAAGGAAGGAAGGAAAGGAUUAAUCAAAGACUAAAAGAAAGACUUGAAAGAAAUGGGGAACAAAAACAGUUGCUGUGUUUAUUCCAGUCCUCAAGUUGGACGUAAGGAAUUAACAGUCGAAGGUGUCACAAGAGGCCUUGAAGAACAUCUUCCAGAAGGAGGUAUCAGUGUUAAUAAUUUACAGCACAUUAGCGAACGAGAACCUGAAGACUGGGAUUCUGAUCCAUCGUUGCAUCCUUGUGCUGGAACUAUUUUCAUGGAACGUUCUAAACAAGCUAUCGAAAAUGGUAUGGUAAGGAAAAAGAGUCAACAUCAAAUAGCAGAUACAAGGCCUCUGAAAAAAAGUAGCAGUUGUAGUACCAUAUACUUGGACGAUAGUACCGUUUCUCAACCUAAUUUAAAAAAUACAGUGAAAUGUGUUGCCUUAGCUGUUUAUUAUCAUAUUAAAAAUAGAACUUCACACAGACAAAUUGAUAUAUUUGACGAAAAGUUACAUCCUUUAACGAGGGACGGUGUUGCGGAUGAUUAUGAUAAACAUAAUCCUGAGCAUAAACAGAUUUAUAAAUUUGUAAGGACUCUAUUUAAUGCUGCUCAAUUGACAGCUGAAUGUGCCAUCAUAACCUUAGUCUACCUUGAACGACUACUUACUUAUGCAGAAAUAGAUAUAACACCAGCUAACUGGAAACGUAUUGUACUUGGAGCUAUUUUAUUAGCUUCUAAAGUAUGGGACGAUCAGGCUGUGUGGAAUGUAGAUUAUUGUCAAAUUUUAAAAGAUAUUACUGUUGAAGAUAUGAACGAAUUGGAAAGACAAUUUUUGGAAAUGUUACAGUUUAACAUAAACGUUCCUUCAAGUGUGUAUGCCAAAUAUUAUUUUGAUUUACGCACACUUGCAGAAGCAAAUGAAUUAACAUUCCCCAGCGAGCCACUUAGUAAGGAAAAAGCGCAAAAAUUAGAAGCUAUGUCCAGAGUCUACGAAGAUAAGGUAACAGCUGAAGCCCUACGUACUGGUAUUAAAAAGUGGUAUAGUUUAGAUAAUGUAUGCAUAGGUGGACCUAGACGUAGUAUUGCUAUUUUGUCCUAAAUAAAAUAUUUCAAUAUACAAGAACACAUGCAAAUACAUUGACAUUCUAAAUUUAGAAGAAAAUUCAGGAAGAUUUUGUGUAAGUUUUUAUAGUAAUUAUUAGUCUUUAUAAAGUUCAUAUAUAUAUAAAUAUAAAAGUAACAAAAACUUUGUAACAAAUCUAUUAUCCUGUAAUUUGCAUACAGGACUCCUUUUAAUAUUACCAARAAWAAAAAAAAAAAAAAAAAAARAAAAAAGGAGGUUCCAUUGGUAGUGGAUAGUUUUUUUUAUUGAAAUAUUUUAUCUGUCUUCUUCAAUUCUCGUCGUUAAACAACUAUAAUAUAUCAUGAUCUUUGAUCGGUAAUU